CUCCUUCUCCUGCUACUCCUCUUCACGGAUUCCAGAGUGUGUCAUGGGUCCCUGUACGGCCUCCCAUUGCUGCUGUCUCCAUCGCCACACUCUGCCAUGUGCCACUUUCAGGUCUCCUCACACUGCUGGUGGGUUCCAUUUUGUCAUAGGGUGCUGUAUGGCCUCCCAUUGCUGCUGCCAGGCCCGUAAUCUGCCAUGGGCCCCCGUACCGACUCCUCAUGCUGCUGCCAGGCCCGUAAUCUGUCAUGGGCCCCUGUACCGCCUCCUCAUGCUGCUGCCAGGUCCAGAGUGUGUCAUGGGUCCCUGUACGGCCUCCCAUUGCUGCUGUCUCCAUCGCCACACUCUGCCAUGUGCCACUUUCAGGUCUCCUCACACUGCUGGUGGGUUCCAUUUUUUCAUAGGGUGCUGUAUGGCCUCCCAUUGCUGCUGCCUCCACCGCCACACUGUGGCUCCACACUCUGGUUUUGGCCCCGUGACUACCCAAAUGAGUGAAGUGUGCGGUGAUUCUAAGAUCGACGGCGCCUCAUCUGCAUGUCAUACUGACUGACAGUAUUAUUUCUCUUCCCCAGCAGACUCCAAGGGCAUUUAAAUUAAAGGUACAGUGUUCUGCACUAAUAUAA